UAUUGCGUUACAUUGUAGCAAAAUGGCGGCUGUCAUUCAGAAUCCACUAAAAGCGUUGGGAGACCAGUUCUAUAAGGACGCUAUUGAGCAGUGCCGCAGCUACAAUGCCCGCCUGUGUGCUGAACGCAGCGUACGCCUGCCAUUCCUGGACUCACAAACCGGCGUGGCCCAGAACAACUGCUACAUCUGGAUGGAACGCCACCACCGCAGCCCUGGAGUGGCAGCCGGGCAGAUGUACACAUACCCCGCCCGCUGCUGGAGAAAGAAGAGACGGCUGCACAACACCUCUGACCCCCGCCUGGGCAUCUACGGUCUUCAGCUCGAUGGUGGCCUCAUGUCCAAGGACACCUUGCCCAACCAGAGCACCACGCUGGAGGCUCUGCUACGGGGUGAGGGUCUAGACAAGAGGAACAACUCUAAGAAUGAUGAGGAGAGCCUGCUGGAGAUCCAGAGGGUUCUGGAGGCAGAUGCAGCAGAGGAUGCUUUCAAUGAUGAUGAUGACUACGAGGUGGACACUCCCAAGAGGAGACACCGGGGCAAAGGAAGAGGUCGGGGUUCAGGCCGCAGGAGGGCAGAUCUGGACGAUGACAAGCCAUAUGUCUGUGACAACAGAUACAAACAAAAGAAUAACUCAAAAUCUUCAACCUCAGUCUAUGCGAAGCGCUACAGGAACCGUACAGGACUCAGCUACCACUACACCCAUUCCCACCUGGCAGAGGAGGACAGAGCCGGGGAGAGAAGCUCGGUGGCGUCCAGAUCUCCCUCUGUACAACAGACUGACCGGCACAAACGUCCAAAGGGUCCAGGUGGGACCAGCAUUCCCAACAACUACUGUAAUAAAUGCCACGGCUCGAACAAGAAAAUGGGAAAAGCCUGCCAAUGCACAACUGACCGAGUAGAGGAAAAGGAGGACGGGACUUUUACUGGGGCCGAGGAGCUGUUCGGCACCACCUCGGAGAGCGACACUUCCACCUUUCACGGCUUUGAGGAAGACGAGCUGGAGGAGCCCGCCACAAACAGCAACGGAAUAUCCAACCGACACAGAUAGAAAGAGCCGUCUAGAUUUAAAGAGACAUUUUUUUUAUAUGGAUUAACCUCUGGCAAAAAUCUGCUGCUUCUUUUUCAAUGUUUUUUUGUUUGCGGAAAGCACAAAGUGAUAAUUUCAGGACAGAAAUGCAAGUGGUAUUUUAUCUACUGAACAUUGUUGAAUAAUUUAUGAACACUUUUUUUUAUAAAUAAAUAUAUAUUAACUUUUAAGGCAAUGAACGACUGUCAGCAUUUCUUGACAAGUAACUUGCAAACAGAAGACAUUUUUGGAGUGUCCCCC